AUGGAAUCAGAAUUCGAUGAAGUUAUGAAAGAUCCCAUUUUUUCACAGAUUAUGGUUAUCCAGAAGAAUGAUCUGAAGUUUUCGGCGAGGUUGGUACACUCUUUCUUGUGUAAGGAGUUGAUGACAAGCAGGAGACUUGAGAAGUGGUUCACUUUCGCUAGGAGACCUCUGCGUUUUGGAUUGCAAGAGUAUCAUGCUGUCACUGGUCUGAAAGUGAAGCGAGAGAAUAACAGUGGGUUAGUGACAUGGAAAGACGAUGAUGGUUUUUGGAGCAAGCAGAUAAAGACAAAUGGAAAAAUAAAUUUGCAGAUCAUAAAAAAGAAGCAUUUGAAAGAGAGCAAUACCUGGACUUGGGUUGAUAGGGUGAGACUGAUAUAUCUUUGCGUUAUUAUGGGUGUGGUGAUGGGGAAGGAUGAGAAGGUGAAUAUCCCGCAUCUGUACAUGAAGUUGGCGAUGGAUUUGGAGAAGCUUCGGAAUUACCCAUGGGGUCUAUAUUCGUUUGAUUUCCUUCUGAAGCAAAUUGAUAAAACAAGGCAUAAAUUAGAGCAGAAAGAGGGGUAUCUGAUGGAAGGAUUCUUGUUUGGUUUCCAAAUUUGGAUAAUGGAAGCUGUUCCUACUUUAGGAGAGAUUUGUGGCACAAAAGUCAGUAAAAAUUUUACAGGUCCACUGUGUGGUAAUUGGAGAGGAUGUGCAAAAUGUUCUUAUGAAGAUAUCAUUGGCGUUGAGAACUUAUUCCCAGAAAACGGGAUUUUGCAUUCAUUCAUGGAAUCCCACAUAAAUGGAGUGGUCCUUUUGGUAACUGAUUUUGUACAGAAGGAUGAGAAGAAAGAUGAAAGAGUAGAUCGCAUUUUGGAUAUGAUCAAUAGUAAACAUGAUUGGAACAAUCAUGUUUGGGGAGUAAAAGAAACUACGAACUCUAAAUUUGAGGAAUCUGGCGAAGAGAAAGUAGAGGAUCAAACAGCUGAUACUGAGAGAGGUGAAAAUAGUCAUGUUGCAGGGAAUGUUGAUGGCACAGCUGAUGUUUCGGGAAGAAACAAGAGAAAUCAUGCAGACAGAGGAGCAGAGUCAAGGAAGAAUAAUGUUUUGUGCCACCUAGCUGCUUCAUCAAAAGGAAAUAUUGACACAGAUAUGAAAAAUUUCUUGGAGGAUCUGGUACAAGCUUCUUUUACUACUUUUGGGGAGAAAUUCUGUCAGCAGUUCUCGGACAGAUUGGGUAAGAUUGAGACUGAGGUUACACAACUCAGGACAGCUUCGGAGAGAACUGAGCAAUUUGAGACCGUUGUAACCGACAGAUUGGGGAAAAUUGAGGCUGAGGUUACACAGCUCAGGACAAGUUUAGUGGUGACUGAAUUGGUGGGAAAGAGUGAUCAAGCAAGCGGUCCUAGCUUGACCAAAAUUAACAGUGGUCCUAGCACCAGCAAAAAAGGCACUGCUCCAUCAAAGAAAAAGGUAACUACUAAGAGAAAGAGUUAA